AUGGCCAUGACAUCAGGCCUGAUCACGAUUGACCAUCAACAGGUCUCGCUGGCUAUCUCGAAGCUCGGUGGAAGAGCUAGAGAAUGGGCCUCGACGUGUAGCACGUCGGUGGACAUAGCGUUUCCCUCAUGGGAGUCGCUCAAGUCACAAUUGGUACAGGUGUUUUCUCCACCUAACCAGGCUUACCGCGUGCGGUCACGCUUUCUUGCUCCCCGCCAGGAUGCGAAUGAAUUAUCGGACUAUGUCCAAGAGCUGCGAACGCUCAUGGCUGCAAUGCAGUCUGACGCUUUGCCUGAAGCAGUCCAUGUGACUAUCUUCACGGAAGGUCUAAGUUCUGGCAUUGCCAGAACCGAGGUUUUUCGGGUUCACCCCUCUACGCUUGAAGAGGCUGUGGGAAUUGCUCUUAAUGCUGAGCAUAACCUCAAGUCGGCUAGGCUUGGCUAG